AUGAUACUUCAACCAGUCCCAUUUCAAACCAACCAGUAUUGGGCAGAAGAGAUAGAAGCAGGGCCAGGCCCACCCCGGGGAUGGAGGAAGCACAGCCUUGAUGACCGGACAAAGAGAGCGGGAAGUGCCAAAAAGAAGGGAAAGAAGCCCAAGAAAAGUGUCUUCGCACCUGUGUGCCAAGUUCCAACCGACGAAACCAGUCCUCCUGCUAGUUCUUCCUCCGACGCAGCUCCGCAAAUGAUGGAACCGCAGGCUACGCGACUAUCUCGUCGAGCAUCGCUAGCAGGCGCAACAUCUACAUUAGACGCCCUCAGAGACACGAUCAAGUCUACCAUCGCGCGACCCGACAACUGGAACUGGAAACGGUACGAGCGCGAGGACGAGACACUUUUUGGAAUCAACGACAAAAUCUCUCGAAUGUGGGAUCGUGCCACACAACAUGGCCGGCAAGCGUCGACAGAUCGAGACCCACCACCGACGACCGGUCGUAGGAGGGCUGCCACCACAGCGUCAGACGACCAUAGUUGGCUAUAUGCAAGAAACCCUGGAGUCAACGAAUUGCACCCGCCUACCGUGAGCCAGCUUCCACGCACGCAGCGAGAAGUGGCAUGGAUGAUGCAACCACCACCGAGUCGAGCUGUAAUGGAGGGCAAGGUUAGACCCGGGACGGAGAGCGGCAACAGACGCCCGUUGUGUACGAUUCGUCGUCCUUCAAUGCUUGCGAAAGAUUCGGACAGAGCUGAAGAUGAAGAGGUGGUAGGAGAAGGCGGGUCUAUCACGCCGGAAAGGAAGCAGCCACCCGACAUAAUCAUCAGUCCAGAUGGGACAGAGCAGACCAAAGCAGCUGAAGACGAAGAUGACGGAGAUGACGAAGAAGGCUCAGAACAAGAAACGGAAGCGACGUCGAAUUUUUACUAUCUCUCCUCCCGAUCCCCCUCCCUCCUUCCCUACCCAUCAUCCCCUCCCUCACUAUCUCCCACACAGAGUUCUCUCAUUCCGCGCCGAGCCUCCCCGCUCACACGACCGCCUCUCGCCGUGCUGGUGGACUCGCAAGCCCCUAGCAAGUUCCACUCGUACCAAGUAUCGACGUCUUCACCAAAGCUCGCAACCGUGAACGACGAGCAAACCUCCUCUCCUCCGCCACGCUUGACCGAACUGGAUGUCUGGAUGGGUGUUGUGCUGCCCCAUUUGCCCGAGCGGUCGAGAUAUAGCUUGCCGAACGUACGGUUAGGAGAAUUUUGA